AUGGACUACAACUCCAUCCAUGGCCCAGGCGCCUCUAACUUCUCGUCUCCCUCAGCACAUCGCAUGCCCACCGUCUCGGCAGCCCAAGCAUUCCAGGAUUUGAGGUCAUCACCAACGCGAUGUAUCUCAACCGGACUGUUUUCCCUCGAUUGCGUCUUGCAGAACAUAGAUCAGGCGUUUACAGACGUAGACUCUGCUUUCGGAGGUGUCUCGAGAGGCAAGGUGACUGAGAUUUAUGGCCCUCCAGGUGUGGGUAAGACUGCUCUCUGUAUGCAGUUAGCUGCCAGUGCAUUGCAUGCUGGCGGAGGUGUCGUCUGGGUAGAUGCUUCACAUCCCGUCUCCGGCCCCCGCCUAAGCCAGGUCCUGACCUCACACCACUCACCAUCUUCUCAGCCGCCGACUCUGUCAAGCCUCCUCACAAACCUCACCCAUUUCACGGUGCCAUCUCUCGCGCACCUUCUCGCUCUCCUCUGCCACCCAGCACCCAACAAUCCACCUCAGAGCACAAGUCUGAUAAUAAUUGACUCCUUCUCAACCCUAAUCACCAACGCCUUUCCCCGAAAUGCAGACGCAAAGCCAAAGACGACGCCUAAGAAACCCGGUGCAUUCAACCCUUCAGCUCGCAAGUUCUCCAUUCUCCAACACCUCAUCUCCUCUCUAUCGAAACUCGCCACCACCCGCAACAUAGCCAUCGUCCUGACCUCGCAAUGCGUAAGCAAGAUGCGUUCAGGCGCUGGCGCAGUGCUCGCCCCAGCCAUCACCGCCACGGCGUGGGAGCAAGGUCUCGGGUGCCGAGUCAAGAUGAUGCGUGACUGGGGAUGGGAAGAUGAGGAGGGAAAGGCCAUCAAUGACGUGAGAUUGGUAAGAGUUUUGAAAGCAGAAGGCGUGGCGGUUGCCAGGGCUAAGAUGAUAGGCGUGGGGAUUGGCGAGUACGGCAUCUACCACCUUCCCCUGCCCACCAAGCUGGUAGCACAAGCCACGCAACCACAAGACUCAUCUUCCUCCCCUCUUAAACACCCCCACUCGUCUCUCCCACCGCACCUCGCACACCAUGUAGGCAACGUCAACAACAACAACACCAACACGACACCACUACCGCACCCCUCGCAAAAACGCAAGCUCUCAGCCACCGACCUUGAAAUCCCCGACUCCGACCUCGAAGACGAAGACGACGAAGACUACGGCUGGGCCGAAUCAGACGAGGAGGAGCUGCCGCCGCCGCCGCCGCAGUGGCAGGGGAGCGAGGAUGCCUUGGCGCCGCCGGUAGAAGAAGAAGAAGAGCAUGGCGACGAGGAGCUACUCGAGCUAGCUGCUGCUGCUGCUGCUGCUGGUGUUGGCGAGGAAGAGGAAGAGCAAGGGCUAGAAGAAGGAGAGAAGGAGGUGGCAGCAGCUGCUGCUGCCCGUUUGGAUAGCGGAGGUGGAUGUGGAGACGGAGAUGGAGAUGCGACACAGAGGAGGAGAAGGAAGAGGAUUCAGCGGGACGAGAUUGACGAUAGCGAGGACGAGCUUGCGUGA